GCGCACUCGAUGGUACAACGGUAGACGCGCUGUCCCAUUGCACUCGUUUAGUCCUCCACCAGUUUCAUAACGCGUCCUCGCGUGGUAGUUUUCAAUCGCUAUGGAGACGGUUCGAAGGGUCAUUAUCUCCACGCUUACUAUCGGUGCUUUCGGAGGGGUCGGGGCAGUGCUCUGGCUUCUAGUAGCUCCGAAUGAACAGCGUAGGUUAGAAAUGCGCAAGAAUUUUCCUGAAGCAAAUCCAGCUGUCAUGGCUGAGGUGCGGAAACGAAAUGAGUUGGUUCUUCAAGCUAUUAAAGAAGCGGCUGAAACAAAUGACAAUGUCUCAAGGAAACCGCCAUGGGGUUCAUAAAUACAGCUCUCAGAUCACUGCUAAACAGUUAUCAUUUUCAUACAUACGUGAGUGACAGCAACAUGCUAAUUUUAUAGCUGACCGAUUGGGACUAAACUUCAAGACUUCAACAUUUUGGGAACGUUUUACUAUUAUGCACAAGCAUGCUAGUGCGUUUACUUUUGUCAUGAAUGACUUAAGGCAGGAACUCCUCAGCUGAAUCAUGUUCUAUGCAUUGUUGAGUGAUAAAAGAAUUCUCUGGGAUUCCCACCUUAGAGUAUUCCAUCAAUGUGUUUAUCGCCUUUGAGCAGAUCUUUGACUGCCAUUUCUACUCAUAUUGCUCUAGCAAAACAAGAAGAGCAUUUAUUCUUGGAUCCUGGCCAACGACAUUGUAGAUUUAAACAAAAAAUAUUGAUGGUGUUCGGUGUAUAUUAUGCAAAAGGAGAUAAGUGUAAAGAGUGGAAAAUUUAUUAAAUGUAUAAUGUAAAAAUUAAAAAA